ACACCAUUUUUCUUCGAUUGGCUGGGUGCCUAUCUUGACUAUUCCCUAGGGACUUCUAUUAAAGAGCAAUGAGCUUCCACAGCUUCAAACACACCUUCUAAUCUUCUACAUUUCCCAUAAUGAUUUCUUCUUCUACUAUGAUUUCCAGUCACUUGUUUCUCAUUUGCUGUCUCCUUUUCAUUGCUUCAUCGACAGCCCAGACUCGGCCCAAAGGCAUCAUCCUUCCUGUCACAAAAGAUCCAUCAACUUUGCAAUACAUAACAGAACUCAAACAGAGAACACCUCUUGUUCCUGUUAAACUAGCUGUUGAUCUCGGUGGUCAGUUCCUCUGGGUUGAUUGUGAUAAAGGCUACACCACCACAUCGUACAUUCCAUCGCGUUGCAACUCGGCCUCAUGCUCACUUUCCAAGGCCGGUAGUUGCUUAACCGAGUGUUACUCCCCCUCAAGGCCUGGUUGCACAAACAAUACGUGCAUGCUGUUCCCCGAAAACCAAUAUGCUCCCAUAGCAACAAGCGGGACCUUAGGUUCCGAUGUCCUCUCCGUGCCAUCUGCCUUUGGGGGGCCACCUGUCACCAUAUCAAAAUUCCUCUUUGUCUGUGGCACUACAUUUUUAUUAGAAAAUCUUUCGAGUGGUGUCACUGGCAUGGCAGGGCUCGGAAGGACUAAAGUGUCACUCCCUUCCCAAUUCUUCGCUGCAUUUAGCUUUAAAAAAAAAUUCGGAGUGUGCUUGAGUUCAACUUCAUCAAAGGGUGCCAUAUUUUUCGGAGAAUUUGAUUCUUCAACAGCACCUCUUACGUACACUCCACUCCUCACCAAUCCAGUAAGUACUGCAGGCGUUUACACUGCAGGUGAAGCUUCUACCGAGUACUUCAUUGGCGUAAAAUCUAUCAAUAUCAACCAAAAACCUGUCAAACUAAACGCCACACUGUUGGCCAUCAACGCAACUGAUGGUUAUGGCGGAACCAAGAUUAGCAGUGUGGACAAAUACACAACACUGGAAGCUUCAAUCUACAAUGCAGUAACUAAUGCAUUUGUAAAAGAAUUGAAUGUGCCUACAGUUCCAUCCGUGAAGCCAUUCGGUGCAUGUUUUAGUGCCAAGAACAUAGGCACAUUGUACACAGGCCCGGAUGUUCCAACCAUCGAUCUCGUGUUACAGAGCAAGGACGUGUACUGGAGGAUUUAUGGCGGAAAUUCAAUGGUACGUGUUAACAACAACGUCUGGUGUUUAGGAUUUGUGGAUGGAGGAGUGAACUCUAGAACUUCAAUAGUAAUUGGAGGGUAUCAAGUUGAAGAGAAUCUGUUAGAGAUUGAUUUUGCUGCUUCUAAGUUAGGAUUCAGCCCUCUCUUGUACCGUAAACAAAUUUGUGCCAACUACAACUUCCAGGCCAAAUCAUGAGUAAUUUGUAACUACAAAUGCUCACUUGUUUUUCCUUGUUUUAGUUUUCUUCUUCAAUAUGAAUGUGACUUUUGAUACAUUCAUGAAUAACAGCUAGUUUAACAGCUACUUGAUGUUAUAAUAAGAAGUGCCUUUUUAAAAAACAAAUCUGUAGAUUGAGAAAA